AUGGCUCUCCGGCUGCAUCCUUCUGCAAACCUCGAUACGACGCCGCUUCACCUCCCCAUCGCAGCACCGCUACCCUCGCAGACCAACACGGACGCGGGCAUCAACGCCAGCAAGCGGCCACGACUCGUCGACAACAUCAUCACCGCCGAAUACCUCCAACACCAAGCACAGCAACAAGGCUUUUACGAGAACGGCUCCACGGUGGAUACGCAGCUACAAUAUCACCAGGGAGAAGAGCAACAACAGCCAGACUGGGCCGCGCUACAGUUGCAGCUAGACGCGCCGCAACAACAAGAGCAAGACCAGUUCCAACAGCUGCAACAGCUCCAGCACAGCCAGGAUAUCUACGCAGACGGUGUGGGAUUCCUGCUCCCCGAGCUGGUGUCAGAGGAAGUACAGUUCCUCUCGUCUCAUCUCAACCACCAGCCUCUCCAUCAUCCGGAGCAGCAACCGACACCACAUCUCAACCACCAGCACCUCCAACAUCCAGAGGAGCAACUGUCACCACCAAGUCCAGCACUGGCUUUCGAUCCCAGCCUCACCUUUCUCCCCGGCUCUCUUCCCAUGUCCUCUGUCGUCACCCUUCCUCCCGGUGCCUUUCAGCAGCAGCAGCAUCCUCCCGCCGUUCUCAUGCCUCCACCUCCUCCACCUCCUCCCCCUACCGCAAAGCCUCACGCCAACACCCCUCGCCCACCACGAGCUCCUCCCAAGACCAGCACAUCCGUCACCGCCGCCGCCGCCCUCUCCUCCUCCUCCGCCUCCGCCGCCCUCGCCUACGUCCACGCCUCAUCUUCGUCGUCCGCCGGUACCGGCGGGCCCUCAACCUGCACGCUCCGCAUCGGCGGCUACACCCUCGAAGAAGCCGGCAUCAAGCUUCCCCCCAACCUCUCCGACGCCGAGCGCCGCCGCCGUCUGCGCAUCAUUGCCGAGGAGCUCCACCACGAGGCCACGCACCCGCCCGUGCUCCCGCCCUCGCAGGUGCCCGAUCUGCCCGAGAAGCCGCCGCCCGUGCCGCUGCCCAAGAUUUUGCCGGGCAUGACGCACGCGCAGCGCGAGGCGACCAGCGCCGAGAUUCUGCGCCUCUCGCAGGCGCAAAAAAGGGCGGACCAGAGCCGCAAUAACCUCGCCGCCAAGAAAUCACGCAUGCUGCGGCUCGAGUGCCUGGACAACACCCGGCUGCAGCUCGAUGCAAAGAGCGCAGAGUGCAUAUGGCUGCGCGUGCAGAUUGUCGCGCUGUCGGGCGAGCCGCUUCCCCGACGGCCCAGCGAGGCCUGGGGCGGCUUCGACUAUGUGUACCGCGCGAGGAAGCGCCGCCGCCGCCGGCUUUUAACGCUGCUCGAGGACGAGUCCGAGGCCGCCGACGGGCCGCCAAUCAAGAUUGAGGAGGUGACGGAGGAGGAUGAGGAGGAGGAGGAUGAGCCAGACGUGGAGGGCAUUGUGCCGCGACGCGUCAAAGAGGCCAUUACGGAAGAGGUCCGCGCCAGGGUCGAGGCGCACAAGGACGCCGUGGAGGAGGAGAGUAGGCGCAAGACGAGCGCGAGUCGCACGGCGAAAAAGUCAGAGGCGGCCAGGGCAGAAGCGGCCAGGGCAGAGGCCGCGGCCAAGACGGACAAGGGAGGGAGGCAGCGCCGAGGCUCGGGAGGCGGGAAGCGCAAGCAGUGA